AUGGUGCGGAAGCUGAAGUACCACGAGCAGAAGCUCCUGAAGAAGGUAGACUUCAUCAACUGGGAGGUGGAUAACAACAACAAGGAGCUGCGGGUGCUGAGGAAGUAUCACCUGGACCGGCGGGAGGACUACACCGUCUACAACAAGCUGAGCCGGGCCGUGCGGGAGCUGGCGAACAAGAUCAAGGACCUGGACGAGAAGGACGCGUUCAGGGCGCAGAGCACGGGCCGGCUGCUGGAGAAGCUGUACGCCAUGGGCCUGAUCCCCACCAAGAUGAGCCUGCAGCUGUGUGACACGGUGACCGCCUCGGCCUUCUGCAGGAGGCGCCUGCCCACCAUCUUGGUGAAGCUGCGGAUGGCCCAGAACCUCACCACCGCCAUCACCUACAUAGAGCAGGGCCAUGUCCGGGUGGGGGCAGAGGUGGUCACCGAUCCGGCAUACCUGGUCACCCGCAACAUGGAGGACUUCAUCACCUGGGUAGACACGUCCAAGAUCAAGAGGCAUGUCAUGGAGUACAAUGACGAGAGGGACGACUUCGACCUGGGGGUCUAGUACAUGGCCUUCUCCCUCUGGUGUAUGGGCUCAACUCCAGGACUCGCACAUCU